UGGAACACUCAAAACAGGAUAUUUAAGUGCCAAUAGAAAGGUCCACUUUUCUUAUUAUAAUUAAACGUUGAUCUUGAAGACUACAAUACAGGUUCAAAAAUAGCUAAUAUAAGAUUGACUACACCUCCAGAGUGUGUUUGUGCACAAAGAGAGAGAGAGAGAGAGAGAGAGAGAGAGAUGGAUGGAGAAUCAAAAAUGGAAGAAGAAGCACAAGCCAAGGUGGAUAUAUGGAAGUACGUAUUUGGGUAUGUUGACAUGGCUGUGGUAAAAUGUGCCAUUGAGCUUGGCAUAGCAGACGUCCUAGAAAGCCAUAAAACCCCCAUGACACUCUCCGAGCUCUCCUCCAGCACUGGAUGCUCUCUGCCAGCCCUCCACCGCAUCAUGCGGUUCUUAGUGCAUCGCCAAAUAUUCAAAAAACAGAAAUCCACAAACCAAGCUUCCACGUGUUACGUUCAAACACCGCUUUCCCGCCUUUUGACAAAAAAUGGAGAGCAAAGCAUGGCUGCUUUUGUGCUGCUAGAGAGCAGUCCAGUGAUGCUAGCACCGUGGCACGGUCUAAGUGCCCGUGUUCUAGCCAAUGGGAGUUCAGCAUUUGAGGCAGCUCAUGGAGAGGAUGUGUGGAGCUAUGCCGCUACAAGUCCUGCCCAUAGCAAGCGUAUCAACGAUGCGAUGGCUUGUGAUGCAAGGGUGGCAGUGCCAGCGAUAAUUGAUGGCUGCCCUGAGUUGUUUCAUGGGCUGGAGUCUUUGGUGGACGUAGGUGGUGGGGAUGGGACGACUCUGUGUAUGUUGGUUAAGGCUUGUCCUUGGAUUAGGGGCAUAAAUUUCGAUCUCCCUCAUGUGGUAUCUGAUAAUUUAGACUCUGUUGUUGGUGUUGAGCAUGUUGGGGGUGACAUGUUUGACAGUAUUCCCAAAGCUGAUGCUGCAUUCCUCAUGUGGGUUCUGCAUGAUUGGGGAGACGAGGAGUGCAUCCAUAUACUGAGAAAAUGUAGAGAAGCAAUUCCAAAAGACAAAGGGAAGGUGAUCAUUGCGGAAGCCGUGAUGGAAGAAGAGGAGGGAGACAAGCUUGAGUAUGUGAGGUUGAUGUUGGACAUGGUGAUGAUGGCUCAUACUAACAAGGGAAAAGAGAGGACUUUGAAGGAAUGGGUAAACCUUCUGACUGAGGCUGGAUUCACCCGAUACACCGUAAAGCGCAUCAAAGCCGUUCAAUCCAUUAUUGAGGCUUAUCCUUAACGUUACUUGUGCUUUCGUCUCUCAACGUUUCGAUGCAUGAGAGUGAAGUCUGUAUCUGUAUUGUGUUGUGUCUUUAUGAUUUGUUUUUAUUAAUGACAUUUUGGUUCUAAACCUACUAUUGGUCAUUUGUUCCCCUUCUGUGAGGAUCUUUCUGAAACUCAAUUCCAUUAUAUAUACAUUCCUCUGUGUUUUUUUCUUAAAUAAUUCUUGAAACUGUUCGUCCCAACCCAAAUGAAACCAAAAAUCAAUCUAUUCUGAGUUAGCACAGGCAGAAUUUUUGAGUAUCGAAGAUGAAAAGGGGGUGCUGGAAGAAGAAGCAGAGAUAGCAAGAAGCGAAAUAGAAGAAGUUGCUUUUGAGUCCCACACCGAGUAACUGAUGAAACAGAGAGUCACGAACUUAGUUGAAACACGAGGAGAGGGGGUAGAGUAAAGGCACGCAGCCGCGCGGUGAGCACAAAGCGAACUAUUCUUUCGCCUUUUACUAAAGAAUACCGUGUGCUCGCCGCAAAUAGCGGCAUACGCCUAUUUUUGGAGGGUUCCUUCCCGAUAAAGGGUUGGUACCCUAUA